AUGUCGACGACAACCUUCGCAGCGUAUGGUGAAAAGUUGCGUCAAGCAACUCAAUGUCGAAAUAUAGCUAAUAGAUAUUCACAAAGUUCCAAGAAAAAUGCGACUUCAUUAGUCGGCCAUCAUGCACUUGACUUUACCCUUUACAACACCUAUCAUCAACAAAUAUCUCUGCAUGAUUUGACCACUCACUCUAACGUUGUUCUUCUCUUCUUUCCGUUGGCUUUCACCAGUGUUUGUACGGCUGAACUAUGUUCAGUUCGUGACAAUAUGAUAAAGUAUACACGACUUAAUUGUACUGUACUCGGUAUAUCGGUCGAUUCGAUAUUCACUUUGAAUAUAUUCAAACAAGAACAACAGUUACCAUUUGAUCUCUUGUCCGAUUUUAACAAAGAAGUGUCGCGUGCAUACAAUGCACUCUAUGAACAGUUUCCGUUAUAUGGCAUGAAGGGUGUUACGAAACGAGCAGCAUUUGUUAUCGAUCGGCGUGAUAUAAUUCAAUAUGCUGAAGUGCUUGCUGAUCCAGGACAGAUGCCCAACUUUGCAGCAAUAGAAUCGACUUUAGCUAAAUUAGAGCAUAGUCAAGUUUCUGAUGAUACCAAUGAUUUCGAUCUCUCUUCUUAUUUAACAAGCUUAUUAAACCGUUUUUUACCUUGA